GUUUGGAAUCUGGAAUGAGCCUUCUUUUCUUGCUUUGUUGAGAAGGGCUGCGACAGAUGCUGCGCUGCAGGCUUUGUCUGCAUCGGCUGAAUUUGCUUUACAAUCAGAUGACCACAAGUCAUGUGAUUACGCUCCAGGGAGUUUGGCACCAGUGAGAUUCCGUGGCGUAGCCAAAUCAGCGCAGCAGUCGGGGACCAUACUCUUGAGUCGGGUGCGUCGGCUUCAUCGGCUUUGUUUGCAGUUGCAGCGUGAGCUAGAUCAUGUGGCCCUUCGCCGCAUCUGUCUUCGAGGCUUGGUUGCUCUCGCAGGUCGCAUCCGAGAAGUUCAUGACUGGCAUGAAUUAGAUGGUUUACAAACGCUUUCAGAUGCCUGCGCAAGACUGGAAGCCGAGCAUAAGUGCUCUCGUUUUAGAACUUGGCGCGAAAACAAUCAUGGCAAUUUGGCAGAGCAAAUCACUUGGAUCAAGCGGCGGGUGAAGCUGCUUGCUGAAGUCUUGUGUGGCAAGGCAGAUGGCGUCGAUGGUCUGCAGAUGCCCUCAUCUUGCUGCCAAUUCUGUGGUGGUCUGGGUUCGCGGUUCUGUGGAACACUUGGCAGACUGGCAAGGUGCCAGCAAUUUGGAAGUGCGCGCGUGUUGCGCUUUUGCCUAAAGGGGCGAAUGAUUGGCGACCUUUGUCCAUUGCGUCAGUUAUUUGGUGAGUUGGGGGCUCACACUUGGUCAAAGGUUUGCGCCCCUGGCUGUCCUCCUUCCUUGACCAUCGUGCUUUUGGAGGAGCUCCUGGCAGGAUUGCGCUGUGGAUGGAAUGGAUGGGAUGCUGCGAAGCUCGACAUGUCUUGCAGUUCCACUCUUGAAGCACCAUCGCCACCGUCGUCCUCGCCAAGCCUACAGUGCCCCGAUUUGCUUCAUAACAAAGUGGAGACGGAGACCAACAUUGGUGCCUUGCCUGUGAUGAGCCGUGACCGCGCACUGAAGCCGAAAAAACAAACGUGCACGGUCUCCGGCACUUAUGGCGACAUGUUCACGAUUCCUCUCGUCCCAGCAAAUUGGGGUUGGGUGUUUGGAUUUUGUAGGUCAAUUUUCUGGGGUAUCAAUUUGCGCAUUUUAGACGCUGCUAACAAGCAUGCUCAGUGCAUAAUGGUGGCGCAAGAUCUUGCCAAAUUCUUUGAUACCAUUCAGUUGGAACAGGUGAUCCUUCUUGCUGUGCGCCUUGGCGCACCGCCUCAGCUGGGGCCACUUCUGAAGUCUUUUUACGAGAACAACAAGCGGCUUUUCACAUGUCGGGGCGUUUGCCCCAAGACCUGGCUUCAUGCUACAAGAAGUGUUUUGCAGGGCUGUCCUGUAAGUCUUGCGCUAGCUGCUUUGGUGAUGACGAUGUGGUCGCGAUUUGUCUGUAUCAAUGACAUUGAUGCUGUGAUUUACAUUGACGAUCGCACAUUCUGGCAUGUUGAUGAAGCAGGGCCGGCGCGGGUGCAUGAGCUCCAACACGCCCACAACAGGAGUUUGCAAUUUGAUGAUUUUUCCCUUUUCACUGUCGACGAGCAAA